UCUUUAACGCUAUCUAUCUCAAUGUACAAUUCAGAGAGAAAAAGGGGGCAAAAAUAAUUCAGAGUAAUACUGCAAAGAAACGAUUCUCACCUCCCCGACCGGUUCUUCGGAGCUACCUCGGCCUGUCGGCGCUAAAAAGAACUGUCUCGCCGUCGGACCUGUGAUUGAAAACACCGCGGUAUGUUCAUGUGUCAUGCACAUGUAACCAUAAUCUACCAUACGGAUUCAAAGGGAAUACAAAAAGCUGAGAGACUUGACAGCGGGCUGUACCUGCGCCAAACGGAAAAAUAACGGAGGAUUUUCCACGAAUAUCACCUGGAUAUCGCGUUAUAGUCAAGGACAUCCAGCUGGCGAAAAAACGCCUUUGCUCGGCCGGAGAAGCUUUUCCGAUGUGAGGAUAGAUACAAAUUACGGAGAGAAAAAGGACAGAGAAGGGGCCUUUUUCUUGGGUCUGGUCAAACCCUCCAAAAAAAGCAAGCACCAGCAUCUGUUGACGGGGGACGGGGAAUCGUUUUGACAUCGGCUAAAAGCAGGAUAUUAUCGAUAGGGUUGCUAACAUCUGCGACGCCAACAAGCCUGCUGAGAAAAACGCGUAUAAUGUGACGGAUUUGUGAUAGAGAAAGAAGCCCCGGUGUAGCCUGAUGAUUCACAUGCCGUCAUUUUAAGAGGAAAUAUUUAUUUUUUAUUUUUAUUUCUCCUUCCCACCCGCCCUCUAAUGUGCUUUUGGCUAGGUGGAGAACGGAUUCCAAACACCUCUUAAAAAUAAUAACCCGAAAUUUAUAUUUAAAAGGUUUGGGGCAGAAAAGCAGAGGAGGGGGUUGUCGAGAAAAAAAAAUAGGGCUUUGGUUUGUGAGUGGAAAUGAAUUGAAUGGCAGUGGGAGACAUCUGCCGAAGAUGGGCUUCGGAGGAGACAUUUGCUGAGAAAUUUUAACAUCAAAGCGUGAUUUUUUUUUUCUUUUUGUUUGUUUGGGUGCGUGCGUGUGUGUGUGUGUGUGUGUGUGUGUGUGUGUGUGUGUUUUUCAAGAAACACCAGCGUUUGAAUUGGAACCACCUUUAAGGAAACUGGACCACCGACAUUCAUUCCUGUGCAGCGAGAAGCUGGAAAUUUCACAUCCACUCUCAUAUCAAUGUUGAUGACUUCAUUGCGGAUUUACAGUGAAAAACACAGGAAUCAAGCGUCUGAGAGGGCGGCAUCGUUGCUCUGCUCCUUUUUCCUCACUGAACUCUUGCUGAUAAUUUGCCAGUAAUUACCCACAUCCAUCCCCUUCUAUAUUGUGCCAAAGCCUGGUGGAGGCCAGCGACUACCAGACAUCUGCUUCAUCUGCAUCUGGCCACAUAAAUGUCACCCAUUUUGAGCCAGGUGUUCCUCUGUUGGGCCAGUCUAGGAAUUUAGGAUUGAUUGUUCUUUAUUUAUUAUUUUUUAUUUCCCUCCCUCCCUCUUCUUGAUCAACAACCCUCCUCCAUCCUUUCCUCCCUUUCCUUACAUCCACCCACCAACCACCCUGCCUCCCCCCUGAACCUAUCACUGGGUUUUUGGGAAGAUGGGCUGUUUGGGCAAUAGUAAGACUGAAGACCAACGAAAUGAGGAGAAGGCACAGAGGGAAGCCAACAAAAAGAUAGAGAAGCAGCUCCAAAAAGACAAACAGAUAUACCGGGCGACUCACCGGCUACUACUAUUAGGGGCCGGUGAAUCUGGGAAAAGUACAAUAGUCAAACAGAUGCGAAUAUUGCACGUUAAUGGCUUCAACGCAGAGGAGAAAAAACAGAAAAUUCAUGAUAUUAAAAACAACAUUAAAGAAGCUAUAGAGACGAUUGUGGCUGCCAUGACUACACUCACACCUCCUUGCCAGUUAGCUUGUCCUGCAAACCAAUCCCGGAUCGAUUAUGUCCUGAACCAAGCAAACCAGAAGGAUUUUGAGUUUCCUUCGGAGUUUUAUGACCAUGCAAGGAUCCUCUGGCAGGACGAUGGUGUGCGGGCAUGCUGGGAAAGGUCCAACGAAUAUCAACUCAUCGACUGUGCACAGUACUUCUUAGACAGGAUUGACGUGGUGAGGCAGAACGACUACACACCCACCGAUCAGGACCUGCUGCGAUGCAGAGUACUGACAUCUGGGAUCUUCGAGACAAGAUUUCAAAUAGACAAAGUCAAUUUCCAUAUGUUCGAUGUUGGAGGUCAGAGGGAUGAACGACGAAAAUGGAUCCAGUGUUUUAAUGAUGUGACAGCGAUCAUCUUUGUGGUGGCGAGUAGCAGCUACAACAUGGUGAUCAGAGAAGACAAUCAGACUAACAGACUACAGGAAGCCCUCAAUCUUUUCAAGAACAUUUGGAACAACAGGUGGCUACGGACCAUUUCAGUAAUCCUCUUCCUGAACAAACAGGACCUGCUCGCUGAGAAGGUUUUGGCAGGGAAAUCUAAAAUCGAGGAGUAUUUCACAGAGUUUGCACGCUACACUACACCUGAUGAUGCAAUACCUGAACCAGGAGAAGAUCCCCGUGUUACCAGGGCGAAGUACUUCAUACGGGAUGAGUUUUUGAGGAUCAGCACAGCCAGCGGGGACGGACGGCAUUACUGUUACCCUCACUUCACCUGCGCCGUCGACACAGAAAACAUCCGCCGCGUCUUCAAUGACUGUCGUGACAUCAUACAGAGGAUGCACCUACGGCAGUACGAGCUCUUGUGAUGGACCGCAGCGCCCCGGUCUACUUAUCUACCUACGAACCUACCUAGCUACUCCUCCCUCCCUCCCCCAUGACCAGUUAGCCAAUCACACCCCCCCCCCCCCCCUUCCCCCAACUUCACCUAACCGAGCGAGCGACUGACCGCCUGGCCUCCCCUCCACCCUGAUGCAAUUCCUCGAAAAACAGAACGGUGGAAAGAGUCUUUUUUUUUUUUUUUUUUUUUUUUAAAUAAAAAAAAAGAAAAAAGAAGAAGAAACAACGUCAUGGAUACACACCGACAACAGUUUCAUCAACUAUUAACCUGGACUGACUGCUGUACUCAGCUACACUUUGACCCAGGAAAGAGGGUCGAGACUGGAAUCCCUCAGUGUAGGCGAUCUCUCCUUUUAGCUCUCUCUCAGAUAUAUGUACACAUACACACUUGCAGGUACACACACACUACAGAAUAAGAAAUUCAGACCCUUAAAUAGGUUUUAAUAUCUCACACACACACAUAUACACACACCCUUGUCAAACCAAGUCCUCCUGCUUUUCACAGUUGGCAGAGGCUGAAUUAAAUAAUGUGUUCUGAGAGAGAGGAGUUUAUUCACCGCGUGCUGAAGACGAAGGAAGGAAGGAAAGAAGUGAAGAUGGACACAGAGGGUGGCAAACUGAUACAGAAGAGGCCUGUAAGCCUUUCUUUUGUGCCCAGGGACAGACGGACUAAUUGACUAAUGGCUGCCUGUGGAUGUGAGCGUGACUCGAACAUAAGACCACAUGGUUCACGUGACCUGCUCUUCAAGAAACCAAUCGAGGAGGGAUGGCAGAAAGCAAGCAAACAAAAAAAGAAUUAAUAAAAAAAAACAAAAAAAACAAGAAAAAUAUCAUACAAUGCAUAAAUUCAUGCAUACCAGUGAACUUCAUGCAGUGCAAAAAAUCCAAGCUAUAUAUAUAGAUAUUUAUAUAUAUAUGUGUGUAUAUAAAUAUGUAUAUAUAUAAAUAUAAAUAUUAUAUAUUCCUGUAAUAACACAAUUCAACUUUUAAGUUUUUGUUAGUUUUUACCCCAUGUUGUGUGUUGGUGUACACUGUGUGUGUGAUCUGCCUUUGUGCACCAUUUAACCUCUUCCCCAACACAUACACACACACACAUAUACACACACACAAACAUACAUUCUCACCCCUCUUGCCCCCGCUGCUAUUUGGCAACUAUUUAGCAUAUGGAAAAUAAAGGAGAGGUUUUAUUUAAUAAGGAAAAAAAAAUGCAAAAAGGAAAGCAUGAAGUUAAAGAAAUGACUGGAUGCAACAUUUUUACCUGGGAGCACACACACACACACACACACACACACGCACACACACACACACACACACAGCUCCAGCCCUCAUCAGACCCCCUUCUCGUCCACACGACAACCUCCCCUCACCCUCCCCGCCUUACCUUUCGUCUUGUUCUCUCACCCCCCUCCCCAUACCUGCUUCCCACCCCACCUGGCUUUAAGUACGUCUGUCUUUAUUUUACUGCUGGACUAUUAUUCUUGUACAGACUGUAAAAUGUAUUAUUUUGUACAACUUUAUUGAAGAAAAAAAAAUAACUUGUAGAAGAUCCCUGUGCCUUGAUCACGACUGUACGUGUAAAAAUGAGCUAACAUGUAAGUUAUGUUUCACUGCGCUGUACAGCUGGACGGGUCUGUCGCACCUCGUCCGAGCUAGCUCACCCCUCCGCUGGGAGGUGGGGGAGGGGACGGGCAUCGGAUCGGGGCGGAGGCCUUUCGUCUGUUGCUUAGUUUUCCAUUUACUUUUUUUUGUUUGUUUGUUUGUUUCCCCACAUUUGUUUGUUUGUUGAUUCAUUUGUUUUGCUUUGACUCUCCUCUGGUUUAUAUAAUAGGAUUUGAAAAAAAAAAAAAUGAAGGAAAAAAAAAGAUAAUCAGACACACCACCCUAAUGCUGUGUAGUGAAGAUACUGAACCGUAACACAAUUUAAUAUAUAUAUAAAAUAUAUUUCAGAUUUUAUAUUUUAUAUAUAUGUACUGUACACUUAUAUCUGUCUCCCUUGUGAGCUGUGGCCUGGGUUUCCUUUGCUUUCUGUCAGUAACAUCUGAAAACAUUUUACAGAAGGUGGCAAUUCUGGGUGCAAUGGGGUGGGUAUUAAUUUCUUUUUUCUUUUUUUUUUAAAAUUUUAGCUUUAACUCUUGAAGGAGAGGGAAAUAUCCAAUUGCAAAACAUUGCUUGUUUCUACAUAAACCAAAUUCUUUUUGCUUAAACAAGAGGAAACAGUUGUAUUAGUGUUUGGUUCAUUCCUCGGCCCAGGAUAUUAGAUCCUCACAUCUAGUCCACGUCACAUAAACUGUCCGUUUAUCAGGUACGCUUAAUUUAAAUUAAAGUCAUCUAACACAACAGUUCUGGAAUAAACCUGAUCUCCAUGAAGGUUAGAAUGUUCACUGAUUAAGUUUACUAUUUUAAUAUCCAUUAAUGUUACAGAAUUUACAAAGAAAACUGAAAAACACAGGUACAUACUACUACAAACAUACGUGUCACAUGUGUAUUAUACAUAUAUAGAUAAUGCCUUUUCAUCAGCAACGCAAACUACAUCCACAAAAAUGACUGAAAAGUUGAAUCAACAACUAAACAUUAUAAUCUUCAUGAAGAUAAGAUUUAUUACAAGGCCGGUGGUUAGACUGUAUCAGUUUUAGUAAGGUGUACCUAAUAAACUGGAAAUUAAAUGUAAACUAUAAUCUGUGUUUCUGACACCCAUCACUUGGGUUUUCUCCAGAGACUUUUGCCACAACAACUGCAUGACAAGAGGCAGCCUGAGUUUUCACCACAUGCUGAUGAUCCUCCUGCUGCCUAAACAGAGUUCAGUUUUAUUCAUUUGAUUCAAAUUUGGUCUUCAUCUUUGCUAUGAACGUGACAUUGGGGUUUUACUUCACAAGUCUGAGUUGUUUAGGAUCACACGCUCUGAAGUUAGCAGUUUUUCUGCUUGGAAAGUCAAAACUGAGAAGUGAUUUGAGUUCAUGACAACUGACACAACCAAAGUGCGAUGUACAACACACUCACAGGCCUCCCUGGAACAUGUCACCAUUGUUGUUUUCAAGUGUUUUAUUAUUUGACUUGUUUUCUUAACAAAUCCAAAUCCCUGGGUUCAUUCCUGUGGCUCAAUCCUGUAGAUCUGCAGCAAUGACAAUGUGAGAAAAAAAGAA